AACAGGGCUAUUUUUGUUACUUUUGCACACCACAUGCAACACCAAGUGCAAUUCUGUUGUCCUAACGCUGCACUUUAUCGCACUGCGCGCAUACUUGCGUACUAUGCAUCCUUGCUUGUUGAUACCCUUAGACUUUGAUUUUUGUUAACUUCCCCUCCAGCUACAAUGCGCAGUGCUGGUCCGUCACUUCCUCUUCGCCGACUUAGGGCAUUACCAGCCGCUGCUGCCACCCCCCGAAGCCUCCCAAGGCCAAACAUCCUCCGCCACUCUCUUUGCACAUCUUGCCAAACAACCCAAGUAAACAACGCCAGAGCCGGCCGUUUUGCCAGUAUUCCCAAGGAGUACUCUAAAAAUGGAGUGCAGAGAAGGGCUGCGUCAACUGUAGCAGACGCAACCGAAGGAAACACCACUUCAAAGGACCAUCAUGGCCCGAUCCAAGAAUAUGACCGCCGGGUCGACACAGGUAUCCUGCGCAACGACGAACACCAAAGAGGCAUUAUCCAGAGCCUCCAACACCUCCACGAUGAGCUGGUUAAAUACCAUGCGCCCGAAGUCGUCCACCCGACUCUCGAAUCCUUGAAGCCCGCGAAGUCGAUGUUUGGAUCUUGGUUCGGUGGAGGCAAGGCGGCCCAAGCCACAAUAGGAGCGAUCCCGAGCAACCUGCCCCGCGGCCUAUAUCUUUAUGGCGACGUUGGCAGCGGCAAGACGAUGCUUAUGGACUUGUUUUACGACACACUGCCGAGCUCCGUCAAGACAAAGACGAGAAUCCAUUUCCACAAUUUCAUGCAGGAUGUUCACAAGCGGCUACACAAGAUGAAGAUGCAGCAUGGCAACGAUGUCGAUGCUGUGCCGUUCGUCGCGGCCGACAUUGCGGCCAAGGGCAACGUCCUGUGUUUCGACGAGUUUCAGUGUACGGAUGUGGCCGACGCUAUGAUUCUGAGAAGAUUACUUGAAUCGCUCAUGUCGCAUGGCGUCGUACUGGUCACAACCUCGAACCGACACCCCGACGAACUUUACAAAAAUGGAAUCCAGCGGGAGUCCUUCGUUCCGGCGAUCAAGCUGCUCAAAGGCAGGCUCCAUGUGAUCAACCUGGACUCUCCGACAGACUACCGCAAGAUCCCGAGACCUCCCUCCGGCGUGUACCACACCCCGCUGGAUGCGCACGCCAACUCCCACGCUGAGAAGUGGUUUCGCUUCCUAGGCGACCCAGAGAACCCGGAGCCGCACUCGGAGGUGCAGAACGUCUGGGGUCGUGAAAUCCACGUCCCGCGCGUCAGCGGCCGCUGUGCUUGGUUCACGUUCGAUGAACUUAUUGGCAAGGCCACGUCGGCAGCGGACUACCUCGAGCUGGUGCGAAACUACGACGCCUUCGUCAUCACCGACGUGCCUGGUAUGACGUACCGCCAGCGCGACUUGGCGCGUCGCUUCAUUACUUUCAUCGACGCCGUGUACGAAUCGCACGCGAAGCUAGUCCUGACGACGGAGAAGCCCCUGACGGAACUAUUCGUCUCGCGCGCCGAGCUGGAGGAAUCGUUGGAGAAGCAGGAGAAGAAGGACUUUGGUCAGAGCGACAACGCUGCGACGCACCUCUUGGAGGACCUGGACCAUAACAUCGAUUCGAUCAAGGGCCUCCAGGGCCUGUUCUCGGGCGACGAGGAGGCCUUCGCAUUUGCACGUGCGCUUUCGCGUCUGAGCCAUAUGGGUAGCAAAGAGUGGGUUGAGCGCGGCAUGGGCCUGGAGCAGCAAGGCGGCAAGAAGGAGCGCGACGACUGGGCCAAGGUUCGGAGUCGACAGAUGGAGGACAGCAUGUGAGCAAAUAUUGUUGAUGGUAAGAGGAGAGCAUUCACCCGCCGGGUUGCGGGCCGAGCAUUGGCAUGCAUCUCAGGACACAAUGGGUUGAUGCUUUGUAUAACAGUGUGUGUCCGCAUUUGCAGUUUACUCACAUACCCCCGCCGAGACAAUUUUGGCACAGAAGUUAUUACAUCGCUUUUGCAGCAUGGACCAAAGGCCCGUGCAACGGUUUUGUAACAUGGUUUUCAGAUUAUAAGGGUUGGCACUGGCGACCAAAUCGCGAUGGCAUUGUUUUAGCGCCUUAACAGAACAAUGCAUCAACUUCAACUCAACUCGACUAAUAGAUACCCGGGAUCAAAACCCAGGGCACCUCCUUCUUGAACUGGGUCCACUGCUCACCAUACCGCUUCGAGCAGUACUCGUUCAACGCCGGCACACCGCGCGCGAGGAAAUCAACUGCUUGCCACACGCCCAUGAUGGUGCCGCCAAUGAAGCCCGAAGCAGCCAUGCAGUAACCGGCCCUCCACAUGGCGUAGCCGCCGUAGUUGAUGUGGCGCGCCCAGCUCCAAAGCCCAGUCUUGAUGACUUUGCCCUGGUUUUCGGGGCGGUCCUUGAACUGCUUGCGCUGCCACUCGGAGGCGGUUUCGAGAAACAUGCCGACGGCGUAGAGGAUGCUUCCGAGGACGACCUGGUAGGGCAGGGCGGUGCCGGGGAAGUCGCGGGGCGAUGUGAGAACGGAGGUGGAGGCGGCGAGGAGGAGAAGCGAGUUCGCGCUGUUGACAAGGUUGUUGUAGAAGCUCACGCUGACGGCGCUGGAGACGGGGAACUCCUCAGCUGAGAGCGCGACGAGCCAGUAAGCCUGCUUAACGAAGGAUCCGACGGACAUGCCCAGGAGUAUCAGGUGCGGCAGCGGGAGGUGAAGAUUGUCGAGGAGGGAGAUGCUCGUCGUGGAGAGCGUGGCGAUGUUGAGGGGGAUGGAGCUCACGCCGACUUUGCCGAGGAUGGAGGCGCCCAGGCCGCCGGCGACGAGCUGGUACUGGAGAAACGGGUCGAGGCCACGAAGGCCGAUGAAAGUGAGGGUACCCGGGACAUUGGGCUUCUUGACGCCGCGCUUGAUGAGGUCGAAGUGCCUUCUCUCGGGCUUAGAGUCGGCCAUUUUGUUAUAUUGAGAAGCACUCACUCGAGCGCAAUACCGGCUCAAUUAUUGUUUGUGGUAGGGUGCUUCUUUUCUGCCGGAGCAACGUCUGAGAGGACCAGCGAAGGAGAUUGUGAGAAGCAAAGUAAGACACGGGAGGUCAGCUUAUAUCUACAUGCAGGAUACCAUAUACAUGAGCGGGGAUGCGCUUGGGGAACAUGCGGCGUCGCUGGGUGAUAUCAUU